UUCGAAUGGUCACAAUUUAGGAUUUUAUCCACAGAGCCAAAAGUUUGAAUCACCUUGUACAGCACAACAAACAGUACCAUUGGAAAGUACUGCUCAGUGGCUUUGAUUUGAAUGGUCACACUUUAGGAUUUUACCCACAGAGCCAAAAGAUUGAACCACCUUGUAAAGCAUAACAAACAGUGAAUUCCAAAGGUUAUACUACUACAUGAGAAAUUUUUGCAAUUUGAUUGGCUUAGAGCAGUUGCAUUUCAGCUUAAUUUGAAAUAAGUACAUGUGAAAAUUACAAACCUUUUGCGGGUAGUACAUUAAACAAAUAAUAGCAUGAUUUGUACGUGAUAUUUGGCAUGAAUACCACUCGUGAUAUUUCUAAAUUGUCUCCAAUUUCACUCGCCUGACGGCUCGUGAAAUUACGUAUAACAAUUUUAAAAUAUCACUCGUGGUAUUUAUGCCAAAUAUCACUACAAAUAAUGCUAUUACCUACACAAAUACUGUUUAAUAAUUUUUGCUGUGGUAAAAGCACUUAGCUUCUCCAGCUAGUUAACAUUGUUAGUUUUAUUUAGAUAAUUAGUCUAUUAUUUAUAACAACACUCAAUCCGUUAUACUUUUUUUCGGUAAUGCUAUCUUUAAUUUGAUUAAUUUUUAGGCCUCUUUGGAAUUUGCCAUUCCUCUACUGUUGGUUCAACAAACUCUCAAUAUUGCUAGAUUGAGAAAAAUAAGGUGUGAAGAGUGACUGAUUUUUAAUGUCUAAGAUGUAGAAUAAGGAACUGUUUGCGGUAAAGUGUAUCUUUACUUCUUACUCAUGAAUAUUCAAUGCCAAGAAAAAGCCUGGUAAUUGUAAAUGUUUCUGAGAAGAUUGGAUUUAGAACUGUGUUUUGGCUCUUUCAUUAUACCUUUUGCCCCUGAUAAUUGCUUCCCUAUAAUCUGUGAUUAAUACUAUGAGAAAAAGAUGUUUUGUGGAAAAUUUUAUUUUUUCUAUUCACCUUACAAACAAUUAUUGUUGGAUACUGUUUUUUGUUAAGUGGGGAAGAUUUUUUUUUUAGGUUAUAGACAGGUUUUUUAAGUGAGGAAUUUGAAUUCCUUGAAAUUAUAAAGUAACGUUGACAACGGUUUUUGGAGAGGUGCUUUGUGCUGGAUAGAUGGUAAUGUUGAAGGUGUUUAAUAAGGUUAUUAUUUUAUAGAAAUGUUGAUACAAUGGAUCUGUUUAUGCUGCCACGGGACAUCAGAUGUCGAGUAUUGUCUUUACUUCUUGGCGCAGUAAAGAUAGAACGUGAUCAGCAUAUUGUAAGAACACUAUUGCCAUUGAUUAUUUUCUGUUCAGAUGGUGACACUCACAUGUAGGCCCCUUUUGUAUGGCGAAAACCUCUCCCAGGUACAUGUAGAAAGGACCACCUCCCAGCUCGGUCAACUCAUUAAAGUGGGCGUUUAAGUGAGAUAAAAAAGUUGAAAUCAGAUCAAAAAGUUGAUCCCCUGCCUGGGCUAACAGCACUUUCGCAUGCCCUUAUUGACUUGUCUUGGCUGGUUUAUAUCAUGGAUAAAAGUUUGCCCGGCUAGAUAGACUGCUUCCAGUCCGCCUUUUCUCUUAAAAUCCUUCCAGUUCUUACCUCAUGCAGCGCGAUUGCAAACCACAAUGUUAUUAGUUAGAACGCCCUCGUUUCUUGCGACAAGCGGCCUCGCCGCUCGCGUGCUUAGGUUUCGCGUGCAGUAGCUUUGCGAAGAAAAAUAAGAGACUGCUCGCAGUCUACCGGCUAGAAGAGUUACUCUGCUUUUGAAAAACGGUUACCGGACUAGGCUGGUCAAGUUUUCCAAAACCGCAAUUGCAAUCCGCUUUAAUCUUCUCUUGUCUUCUUUUGUAUUUACAGUGUUAUUUAUACUUUUUUAAAUGGUUUGAGCAGUUAUGUUUGCGUUUCACUCAAUUUGGUGGCAACUUUCACUGUCUUAAUUUUGAUAAUAAAGGCGAUGUUACACGUGAUGAUUCGCAACGACUCCCUUUUAGCGUAACACAGCGUUGCAACAUUGCUAAGACAUUGUUUCGAAUAGUUACAACAUUGUUCCAAUAUUGCGACGUUGUGUUGCGUUAAAAAUCGUCGUUGCGAAUCGUCCCGUGUAAACAUCACCUUAGGAGCUACAGUUAGCAGUCUAGUCUAACAGCCUAUGAACUCCUUGCAGCCAUUUUUAAGAUUAAAAUUCCUCCUUUCGCUCCUUUUCUGUAAGCUGUACGCCCAAAAGAUCACCUCAUAUUUAUCUUUUAGAAGUUAAAUUAAAACUUUGUUUGUCAGGACGGUGGCUUGUACAACAGACUGUACCUUUGUCUUUAUGAUCUUGUGGCUGACCUUGUUCGUCUGGCCAGUGGAGACAGCAUUUCCAAGUAAGAAUUUCCAGUUGUUACUUUAUGGCAUUCUUGAAAAAGAGUAAAUGGCAUACACACAAUUAUAAACAGAGAAUUAAACGAAGAAAACCUUACGGUUAGGGAGCUUAAGCGACAAGAAGAAGGACCUCAGCGAGAACUCCGACAACAGCAAAUCGCUAUUUGCACAUCGACCAUAAUACAACUUGUUUGUGCCCCAAAAAUUUUGCAUAAGCAUUGUCUUCAAUUUCUCUUGGGACCACUGUAAUUCCCAGGAGAAAUUAGAAACAAUGGAUGGGCAAAAUUUUGGAAGAUUAUUUCAACAUGACGGUGUCCAACAAGAAAGCUCUUGCUACUUUGGACACUGUACACAAACGAACUUAAUGUCUUUUAGUUAAUUAUUAUUUAUCAGUUGCUUUAUUUUCCUACCUCUGUACACUUAUGUAAAUAUCUUAUAUAGUGUGGAAUAAAGAAUUGAAUUGAAUUGAGCAAACGGCGAAUAGUUUUAGAUCAGCAUGAGAAGCAUCAACUCUGCACGUGCAUCACGCUUUUUUGUACGUAUCGUUGCACACGUUUUGUGGAAAACUUGAACAUAAGACAACUUUUUUUUUUUUCGAUUCCUCAACUCGGAUACAGUCCUUGUGAACAUUUCGCCAAUUUUUGAAAAAUUGAAAGCAUUGAAAUAGUGGCAAUGGAGUUUGAAACUGUGUGAAUUUAAGUGACGUUUUCGCUGUUUUCGCUGCAGUCUAGUUGCCUCAGUAUACUGUAUUUAAACGAAAUGAGUGCUUACACUGAACAAUUGCUUCUUUUGUAAAGGUUUUGUUCUUGUUGUUUUUACAAUAGACUUGACCUCAGCCUCAUCGGGAGUGAAAUGUCAGACCACGACGACAAAGAAAGCGAAAACGUCAAAAGCGAUUGGUUUUAUGAGCAAAACCACAGCUUUCUUCCUGUAACACGCUUUUUUUUCUACGUCUGCGAUGUGAAACUCUCUUAUGCGAAGAUUUAUACCGGUCGCGAACUUGAAAAAAAAAAACAACUAAAAACUGAUGAGGAAUUUCCUUUCUCUUUUAAAAUGUGGAUGCUGUCUUGAAGAAUUUAGCAGUAUCAGGGGAAAUACCCCUUCAUUUGACAAAUCAAGCUAUAAAGUAAACGCGAUAAAGACUAGUUAUGAAGAAGGCAAAUUCAUUUUUUGUUGACGUUUUCAUUGCCAUCUGCGUUGAGGUUGCUUGAGCCCCCUAAUUUAGUGGAAAGUCAUCGAACAUUCUAUAAUUCCUUCAAUUUUGUAUCCUUUCCCCCUUUUGGUAACCAAGAGUAAUUUUCGUGUCAGUUUUUUUUACAGAUCAGUUAAUAUUUUUACUAACCCAUGUCUUCCAGUUUUUAAAAUACGACUCACUAGGAUGUGUCUAUGUUUAAUAAUGUUACAGGUAUCAGGCUACAAGAAAAAAGCUGGACUCAAGGUGUGUUGAGAUAUUACUGGCUACAACCAAAUAAUAGUAAAUAAUAUCGAAAAAUUAUAAGCAAAAUUUUAUACUUAAAAUCCGGAUGAAAUUGAAAACUAAUAAAAGCUUUCCUCUUCCUCUUGUUUACUUCUGCGCCGGUAGGUGUCGUGUCCAGGGGCCCGUUUCUCGAAAGUCCCGUUAACUUAACGGGCCCGAAAUCAAAUAUUCAAAUCGAAGUAGAAAGAAUAAGAACGCGGGUCCUGGCUAGCAAACUAGUGCAUUUUGUUUCAUUAACUGACAGUUUUGUCGUGUUAGGUGCAAAACUAUUGAAACCUCGAUCUUUAAUGUAAACGGAGACAGCUUACCGGGCCCGUUAAUUAUCGGGACUUUCGAGAAACGGGCCCCAGCCCAUAAAAUGCUAAGAUUACAUCAUUGUUGAGAGGCCUUGGGGAUACAUGAGUGAAGUCAGAAAUAUUGCCUUUAGAAAUAAAAUGUAAAAAUUCGAAAUUUUCCUUGCAUGCCUGGUCUUCAUUAGAAGGAAAUUUUUUUCUGAACUUGUGGUUAAACUCAGGGCAGAACGAGAUGGCAGUCAAAGGAAAGACAAAGAAAAAAUUGUUUGAGAUGAUAAAUGAUAAAGCGACGUGCACAAUUGAGGAGACUAAAAGUAAAAACUAAACCAGAUUCUCCUAACUAUAAUCUCGUUGUUAUUAUUAAAACAGGAAAGCUGGCUAUAGAUGUCUGUUGGCAUCAGAAGUGGUUCAACUUCUGUGUAUUGUGCCUAUUUUCUUCGACUUCAUCGGAAAAGAUCCUGGUAAGUAAAUCAGAAUUUAGUUCCAACUUUUUUGAGAAUCUCGAGAACUUCCCUCAAGGAUAGUUAUUUUUAUUGUGCUUCGCAUCAUAGAAGUGUUUUCUUGUUAAGUUCGAUCAAGUGUCUACCGUUAAUAGCUAAAUACCCCACAUCAAAGUUUUAACGUGUUUAAAAGGUGUGUAAAAUUGCUUCCUUCAUAGAAGCUGCUUACUGACUUAAGUUGACUGCAAGCUUAGUUCAAAUUUUAAAAUAAUAAAGGUUUUGCUGUUAAGUGUAAAGAAUGGGUAGACUGAUUUUGGACGUAAUUUUCAACAUAUUUUUGACCUUUUUCUGCUGUUGUUGCCAAUAACAUAGUUCCAAAUGUUUUUUCACCCGUAGGUGUGACGGAUCUCAUCAUCACGGCUACUAAAGAUUGUUCAAUUGCUGAGAAGAUCAAGGCAUUAAGUUGGAAAAUCCAGUCUAAGGGGGUAAGAAUUUAGGAGUAAGGUAAAACUCAAUUCAAUUUGUCUAAAUAACGUUGGCCCAUUUUCCAGGAGUAGAAUUCUUAAGGACCGUAUCUAAGUGCAAAAAAAUCCGUCGUCUUGCGUUGACAUCCUCCCAACACGUUGCGUAAGGUAAUUUCGUGUAGUCUGCAAAGUAAUGUAGUGAGAGGUGUGAUGCACGUGCAGAGUCGUUGUUUACUCAUAAAAUACAUUCCUUUAAUGUUCUCGUUGCUAUCGCCGUCUUGUCUGCUUGAACUCCCUCACUCACACUCUUCGACAAAACUAUGAUAUUUGCCUAAAGAACCGAGCUCUUGUUGUACUUCCAGUUUCUUUGGAAAUGUACUUAUAUACUCCUGAUAAAGGAUACUUUAUUUGUUAAAUUGAUUAAUUUCCAUGAAUUUUAAUUUGAUACAAAUGAACGCUGUUUUAAAUCCUGCAUUUUAUCUGCAACAGGGAGCAAUUAACAAGGUUAAACAAGAAACUGCUGAAUAUCUUCUAGAAUGUGUAAAAGCUGCUAAUCAUCCAGGAUCAGGUCAGUAAGCUAGUAGUAUGAGGUGAUGAUAGCCUCCAUGGUUAAGGCUUUCUCAUCUUGUUUACUUUAGAGGGCUUGGUGAAAAUGUAGCAGUGUUGUGCUAUUUUCUUUCAUCUGGAGUUUUAGUUAAUUGUCGUUUUUAGUGAUAGCUAAUUUCUUAGUACUACUAACAACUAUUUUCAUUCAUGUUCGCAGGGAAAAGGAGUAAAGAGGAUGAUGAAGUUUUAAAGGGCGAUCCGCCAAACGAUGGUGUCCAACCGAGCUAUGUUAUAACAGUAAGUUGCAACUCUAAUUUCCCAAAACACAACUGUUAUUGGUUCAGUACCCAGUGAACUGUGGAAUUAAUGCAUAACUUAUCAAGAUAUAACUUACAAACUUAUAAAUACAAAAUCUUGUUUAUUUGUUACAGUCUAAACGGUUAGUGAAGGUGUCAUCUCAGGAGAGACCUCAAUCUUGCGUAGGAUCAGUUUGGUCAAAACUUCAGAGGUUUGUAAACCAAAAACGGCUGUGUCCCGACUCUAUCUUGAUCAGUAUAGUAGCAACUGUAUAAGUUAACACGUUCAAACGUCAGGUACCUAUUAUCGCCCAUGUGGGACCACACCCCUUGUCCCACUUGUUAUGCCGUCAAUUUAAAUGCUCAUAGAUAACUUUGACACCGAACUUCUGCAGGGGAGAGAGGUCUUUCAAACCAUAUCCAUUUGGGUGCUAUUCAGUGAAACAGGCCAGGGAAAUCAUGUUUCUUCGACAGGAAAAUUCCAGCUUAACUUCUUUUACACUAUCUCCUAUAGUCCUUUCAAUUAAUUUCACGAUUCUUGUGGUAACUGGAAAGAAAAUCGUUAGUAGCAGGGCGAAGAAAAAGCGAAAAAUAGUUCUCAAAAUUUUGCCUUCUCUGCUUGCCCGAUUUUCGAAAGCAGUAACGCUCAGUAGUAUUUUUGGCCAGACGGUGGCCAGCAAACGGCUCUACUAGCUUCAAACAGCGAUUUUCGAUAAGCUCUCUGAUGCGAACGAGUCAACCUGACCAAAGAGAUGGGCAAGCUGACACCUACAGAUAGUCGAAUUACCCUGUUUCUGGAUGGUCAUAGUCAUAUCAAUGAUCUCAUGACUUCACAUCAUUUCGAUUACUACGGAUUCACUCCAUUUACUACAGUGGAGUCCUUACACAUUUCAAUAUGUUUUAAGGUAUGAAACCGCUGGUGCUGCUAAGCACAGAACGGCAAGAGCUGCAUCUGCACUGGGUGUGAGAACCAGGCAAUCAGUAGACAGAAGAAGGAAUCGACCUAAAUCUGUUGGGAGAAAACCUGGUAAAUUAUUAUUUGUCAUCGCACUAAUAAAAGAAUUAAGCUAAGCCUACAAGCGGAGCUACCUUGUAAUACUAACUAUUUUAAAGGAAAAGUAAACUUUUAAUCAUCGCAAUCGAUAUAAAUAACCCUGAAAAAAGAAACAAAUAAUGAUAAUAAUAAUAAUAAUAAUAAUAAUAACAAUAAUAAUAAUAAACUCCAAGACCAUGAGCUGAUGAAAGGGAAAAAGUACUCUAACAAUAACAACAGCGGUAACAAAACAAUAGCUUCGUAUUCUUGUUUCAACAGAGUAGCUUGUUUUGUUUGUCUGUGUGACCUUUAAAGCUAAACGGAAAAAACACGACUAUAAGCCAGUAUGUUCUGUGGCCAGAUCUCUGAAACUUGAAAAGUUUUGAAUGAUCAAAAAGGACAAAACUGAGUGACAAAAUCAAUAUCAUGGCCAAGAGAAGGAGAGCAAUAUAAAAAAGUAGUUUUAUAAAAUUUGUGCCUGAUGUUUUGCCUAACAUGACUGAAGCGGAUGGACGAUUUCGAAGUCACGUUAUACAGUCACUCGUUUACCAACAUUUUUGCAUUAAAAGGUUACCAGAGUUUCUCAUUAAGCUCACAGUAAUAAAACAUGACUGAACGUUUUCUAACGAGACAUGUUACUCCUUCUUCCUUUAUUAGGGCUUGGCGAUCGUAUAGAAGUUGGCCAUCAGGUAAUUUUUGGCUCUUAUUUUUGACUAGUUAUUGAUGAAUUUGAGAAAAAAAAACUGCAGUCAGCCAUUUGAAAAAUAAGUUAUAUCUGAGGGCGACCUCUUAGGCGGGUAUCAAAGGGAAAACGAAAAACGUACGAUUUUGGCAGCAGUCUUUAUUAAAGUGUAGCAACAGCGAAAAUAAAUUUCUUUUUCGUGUCUCUGCGCCAUAAAGCGUGAGUAAGGUUUACAGAGAGAUUUGAUGUUUCAAGCACUAGCGUUUCAUCAGGAGUGACUCUGACGUUUGAUAGAACCAAAUUUUUAUGUUUCAGUCCCUUUGGCUUUACCUGCACACCACAGUUUAUUUGAGAGACUAAUUGGCAGUCUCCGAAUUUCUUAAACCUUCAUUUGUAUAUUGAGGUCAAGUGAAAAAAAAUUUUCAUGAGAAAUCGAGUUUUAUCGUCAGGAGAAUAGAAAGAUAUUUUCAUAUCAAAUAGUUCGCACCAAGUGUCGUUUUCAACAAGAGGCUUAAGGCAACUAGCAAAUGACAUAUUCUUUUAUACCUGGUGAUACUGUCGAACAAAAUAGUCCUUUUCAUAUUCCUGGGACGAGUGCUGUUUUUCGCCCGAAAGCGACGCUCAUGUGCUUGGGGGACUUCUUGUCCAAGGGCCUUUGGGGAAUAAAAGUGAGGACUAUUAGAUGAGUUUGUUUUGAUCCUCAUUUUUUUUGCUUUAACAAAGUUGUUUCUUUUCCAGACGUUUGGUCGCUUGGCAGCUAUUCCUGAAGCCAACAUGGGUUUGGUUCAGUUAGAUACCGUGGCAGGUACCUUAUUACUGUUACAGUCGAAGCUCCCUUAACGAACACUCGGAAGCCAAUAGUUCUUCGUAUAGUGCGUGGCCUUGACAAAACAUAGUUGAACCCUCUGUUUACACAGAGCAUUCCCAUAAGCCGCCACCUUUAGCUGCGGACAAGUUUUCUGCCCCCCAAAGAUGUCCACUUAAGGGUGCUUCGAAUAUAAUCAGUGAUGUAAUAAUUUUUUCCACAAAACAUGCCUUGAUUUAAUAUGAUUCAUCUAAAACGAUUCGGUAAUUUGAAAUGAAAAAUUAUAUUCCUGGGCCCGGUUCCUCGAAAGUUCGUUACGUUUAACCCAGGAUUAAGCCAAAUUUCAAGCACGGUUUUCUAGUCUAAGAACAUACAACUCGAGGUUACAAAAUAGUGUUGACCUGUUACUACGAGAUACAGUAAUGAUAACACAAAAUGUACCCUAAGCAAUGCAUGUGAAUGUUAAGUACAAAAACGGAACAAAAUUUCAUUCCUGGAUUAACGCUAAUCGACCUUUCAGGAACCGGGCCCUGGUACAAAGGCUAAUACACCUUUUUAGCUUGUAUGUUUUGUUUUCCCAAUGCAGGUCAUAUGAUAAUACUCUGGAGGACUGUUUCUUUCAAAUUUUCCCUCAUUCACGUGCAUAUGUAAGCAUAAUGAUGAAAAAAACAAAGGGUGAAAUUCCACCGGAGCUUCAUCGGGAAAACAAAACAUAUCAGCCAAAGAGGUCUAUUAACAAUGCGGCGUGCUGUUUGGAAAUAGAAGCAAGAGGAAAACUUCAACAGAGCGACAAAAAAGUCACCGAAUCGAGUAUCUUCUUGCAAAGAACCGCUAGUAACAUUCCAUGUUAUUCGUCAAGGCUAUUUUCACACUUGGUGCCCAGGCACUGGUGCAUGGGCACCGGCCCAAAAUAUUUUGUCGUCACAACUUGGUUGGGUACCCGAUAUGUAACUGUGUGCAUAUUUGUUCUAUUUUACCUGUUCAGAGGCCAAUUUUAAACGUUAGGGUAGUAGGAAACAGUGCCGGAUCCAGACCUUGAGAUAAGGGGGAAGGGAGGGGGCUUUCAUCCAGACCCUUAGAUAAGGUGGGGGGAUCUCCAAAAGGCCCCUCGGGCCUCAGUUUGGUUUCAAAAAUAACGGGGGGCCUCGGGCCUUCCGCACCCCUACCCUGGACCCGCCACUGGAAAAUUGGGUAUGCUAAGCAUUGGAUCUCCCCGGAACUAAUGCACACCAGGGACAGUUGCCACACAAGGGCGUGACCUUGUUCUCAGGCACUGGAACCGUGCUCAUUUGCGCAAAUAAUUUAUUAUGUGAAUACCUGAAAAAACGUGUUUUCACAUUAGCGAUUUUGUUAAAUCUGGGGCAGUACACUGCUUUGUACUCGCUGCUAAGCUGACUUUUCAAAAUUGCGUCUGGCCGGGCGGAAUGGAGUAACUAUUUACACAGUUACAUAUCGGAUAUUCAAGGUGUAAACACAAAGCACUGUUUCCUGGAGACCAAGUAUGGAUAGUUACCUUAAGUGUGAACAGAGCCCAGGGUUAUGUUCACAUUUGGUUCUGGUUUGUUUCUGCAGCGCCCAAGUUCCAGCAGGCUGACUAUCCC